UCUUAUUUCAAUUAAAUCAAUCUAUCUUGUCAAUAAACUGUUAGAGCAUUUGCUUGACCUUGACAAUAAUGUGAGCGCAAUCACCGGAACCCGGCUGCAAUUUGUUGCCCAACAGCGGCACCGAGAAAACAAGCCACAAUGUCUAUAAAACGUGGACGCGGCAACCCCGUCACAACAGAACGCAACCGAACCGCAGCCAUGCACGCGAUCCCCGUACUGGUGUGUCUGGUGGCCCUCGUGGCCCUCACCACCGGCCGCGACCUGCGCGAGAAGCGCGCCGCCGAUCUCGAACCCGCCGCCUCACACCACCACGAGAAGGGCGGCGGACACGAGCACCACGCGCACCACCACCACGACCACGGCGGGAAGGGACACAAGGGCUACAAGGGCCACCACCAUCACGAGCACGGCAAGAAGGGCCACCACCACCACGAGGGACACAAGGGACACCACGACGAGCACGGCGGACACAAGAAACACCAUCACCACGACGACGGCCACCAUCACGAACACCACCAUGGCGAGAAAGGAGAAAAGGGCCACGGCUUCGAAGAAAAAGGUCACUACCACAAGGGACACUCCACCAAGGGACACCACGGGGUCCACAAAGUAGACGAAUUCAAGAAAGACAAACACUUCCACGACAAACACGGAGAAUCCGGCCACCAUGAGGGUCACGGAGGCCACCACGAGGAGCACGGCCACAAAAAAGGCGGCCACUUCCACAAGGGACACAAGCACGGCGGUCACCACGAACACCACCACGGCAAGAAGGGCCAUCACGAGAAGGGAGGACAUCACCACGACCACAAGGGACACCAUGAUGAGGGUGGCCACCACGAGCACCAUCACCAUCAUCAUGACCAUGGCAAGAAGGGCGGUCACGAGGACCACAAGCACUGGGGGCACAAGAAGGGACACUAAACCAAAGUCAUUAAAUUUAGGCGUAGAUAAUUUGUUAUUUUUUUUUACUACAAUAUUCAUUAUUGUAUACGUCAAUAAAUUAAUAUUGUUGAAAU